AUGCCAAGGGAAAACCAGAGUCACAUCACUGAAUUCCUCCUUCUGGGACUGACCAGUGACCCCAAAUGGCAGGUGUGGCUCUUUGCCAGCUUCCUGGCCAUGUACUUGGUCAAUGUGGCUGGAAACUCAGUCAUCAUUGCAGCCAUCCGGAGGGAUGCUCGCCUCCACACCCCCGUGUACUUCUUCCUCUCCAACCUGUCUUUCGUGGACAUCUGCUUUACAAAUGUUAUUGUGCCAAGAAUGCUGGCAAACAUGCUGAGCAAGAGCCAGAAGGUCCCCUUUGCCCACUGCCUCACCCAGAUGUAUUUCUUUGUGACCUGCGCGAUCACUGACAGCUUCCUCUUGGCUGCCAUGGCCAUUGACCGCUACGUGGCCAUCUGUAUCCCACUGCAUUACACCAUGACCAUGAGACCCAGGCACUGUCUCCUGCUGGUGAUAGCAUCCUGGGUGGUGUCCCACCUCCACUCACUCACCCACACGAUUCUCAUGGCCCGCCUCUCUUUCUGUGGGCCCAAUGUCAUCCACCACUUCUUUUGUGACGUCCAGCCACUGCUAACCCUCUCCUGCUCUGACACCUCUGUCAAUGAGUUUUUGGCCUUCACAGAGGGCUCCUUUGUGAUCAUGACACCCCUUGUCCUCAUCCUUGUCUCUUAUGUCUACAUCACCCAUGCUGUUCUGAAGGUCCCUUCUGGGAGAGGCAGGUACAAGGUCUUCUCCACCUGUGGAUCCCACCUCACAGUCGUGGCACUAUACUAUGGGACUGCCAUUUCAGUGUACAUUCGCCCCUCAUCCACCUACUCAGUGACAAAGGACCGUGUGGUCACUGUCAUUUAUACUGUGGUAAUCCCCAGGCUGAACCCUUUUAUCUAUAGCCUUAGGAACAAGGACAUGAAACAAGCAUUGAGAAAGCUGACUAGAAGAAAAGACUACAAUAAGUAA